GUGGGGGCAUGUGCAGGGCAAGGCUAAAAUAGUACCAACUGAGUUAGGGGGUGGAUUAUUUAGAAGAAAAGACCAGUAGUAGAUUCUCCUUAGCCAUGUGGCUUUUCCAGGGGCAGAGGGUGGCCCCUCCCUACUGGGGCCGCCGCCCCCCCCCCGCCCCCAGCAGAGACUGACCUUUGACCCCCACCCAAGAGACCAGUGAACCAUUAACUCCUCUCCCACGUGAGCCUCCACACUCUGGCCCCACCCCUGACCCCGCCCAAGGCAGGUGGGCUAAGAGGGGGGCGGGCUUGUCCAUCCCAGCCUUCCAAAUCUGACGUGGCUUCCAUUCCAUCUGGGAGCCUGGAGGCUGGGCCCAGCUGGCUCCCCUCUCUAAUAGCAACCUCUUCGUGUCCACAGUGAGGCAUGACAAGGACCUGAGGGCAUAAUCCUCAGGAUGUUCUAGGGGGAAUAGAAGCUGGAUCCAGAGCCUCUGACCAGCUCCCCCCGAUAAUGGGGCUCCCAAUGAGUCAUCUGCUGGUUGCUAUAUGUGUGUGUGCAGCCUUGGGCUGGGGAGGGGGCUCAGACCCUGACCUGGGCCCUGCUGAGCUGGAGCAGAACCAUUACCUGGCCCAGCUGUUUGGCCUGUACGGGGAGAAUGGCACGCUGUCUGCAGGGGGCCUCGCCAGGCUUCUCCACAGUCUGGGGCUCGGCCAGGUUCAGGGGCUGCGCCUGGGACACUAUGGGCCUCCUGAGGGUCACACUGCAGCCUCUGCCGGAGACAAUUCCACUCACAGGCCACGGGACCCCGAACUGAAUGUGGAUGUCUGGGCAGAGCUGCCUCUGGGUCCCUCGGGGUGGGGUGACCUUGAGCAGCCAAAGGCCUCUUCACCACCCCACGGGCCAGCCCCCUCGGGCCUGGACCUCUUUCACAGGCUUCUGCUGCUGGACCAUUCACUGGCUGACCACCUGAAUGAGGCUUGUCUGAAUGGUUCCCAGCUGCUGGUCAAUUUUGGCCUGAGCCCCGCUGCCCCUCUCACUCCUCGUCAGUUUGCUCUGCUUUGCCCAGCCCUGCUUUAUCAGAUCGACAGCCGUGUCUGCAUCCAAGCCCCAGUUCCAACCCCACCAGGGGAUCUACUGUCUGCCCUGGUUCACAGCGCCCUGGCAGUCCUGCUGCUCAGCCUCCCUGCUCCUCUCUCCCUGCUUCUGUUGCGGCUCCUUGGAUCUCGUCUAUGGCGGCCCCUGCUGGGCUUCCUGGGGGCCCUGGCUGUGGGCACUCUUUGUGGGGAUGCGCUGCUACACCUGCUGCCGCAUGCACAAGGAGGGCACCAUGCCGGACCUAGUGGGCGACCAGAGGAAGACCUGGGUCCAGGGCUGUCAGUGCUUGGCGGUCUCUUCCUGCUCUUCUUGCUGGAGAACGUGCUAGGGAUUUUGCGGCACCAAGAGCUAAGGCCAAGGUGCUGCAGGCAGAAAAGAAAGGAUCUGAGAACACCACACCUGGACCCAGAGGACGGCAGCGGGAUGGCACUUCAGCCCCUACCGGCCGCACCAGAGCCAGGGGCUCUGGGCUGCGGCGAGCAGGACAGCCAGCCCCCACCAGCCCGAGCCCCUUCUGGGCACCAAGGCCACAGUCACGGGCACCAGGGUGGCACUGACACCAGUAUAACAUGGAUGGUCCUCCUGGGAGAUGGUCUGCACAACCUCACUGAUGGGCUGGCCAUAGGUGCUGCCUUCUCUCAUGGCUUCUCCAGCGGCCUCAGCACCACCCUGGCAGUGUUCUGCCACGAGCUGCCCCACGAACUGGGUGACUUUGCAAUGCUGCUCCGGGCAGGCUUUCCCUUUCGGCGGUUGCUGCUGCUGAGCCUGGUGUCUGGAGUGCUAGGGCUAGGGGGUGCAGCCCUGGGAGUCGGGCUCAGUCUGGGCCCUGUGCCCCUCACUCCCUGGGUGUUUGGGGCCACUGCUGGGGUCUUCCUCUACGUGGCCCUCGUGGACAUGCUGCCCGCCCUGCUGCGUCCUCCCGAGCCCCUGCCUGCACUCGAGGUGCUGCUGCAGGGGCUGGGGCUGCUCCUGGGGGGCAGCCUCAUGCUGGCCAUUGCCCUGCUGGAGGAGCGGCUGCGGGCCCCACUCUCUGACGGCUGACGGGGCAGGGGACAGGCGUCCUGCUUGCUCUUCCUUCCCCCCAACCACAGGAAUGGAGGCGGGACACAGGGCCAGUAGGAGCAACAGGAUUUUAAUAAACAGAACCCAUCCCCAAGC